ACUCAGACUAUUUAAAUUCCAUAAUUACAUGUUGCCAAAUGUUUGUUACAAGUUCUUUGUUAUUCUUGAGGUUGAAUUUUAAACUAGGAAAGUUAAACCCAUGUAAUGCAUUUCAGCCAACCUUAUAGGUUGCCUAGGUUUCAGUGGGUUCAGGACUAAAGUGUCCCCCGACAGUGGUAUUACAAUAUGAAUAGAGGUUCGUUGGGAAAUAGGACAGACAAAGCGAACCGCCCUGUAUAACUGGAACGUCAUCUUAACAAGACCAUUAUGAACAGUAGGCUGCUUUUGUCUCCCCCACUCUGGAUCAGGUCUAUAAAUGCUCGUGUUCCCUCGUAAAAGAGUAGGCUAAGAGGUCCACCCUUGAGAAACAACGUGUAUAAAGCAACGGAGCCUUAAAGGAAAGCACUCGCGAAAAAGAAACAUUAAUAGAGUGGUUACCAAAAGAGUGAAAAUAAAAUACAUGUUAACCAGGCUAUGUGAGCUCAGUCUCAUUCCAAGUAAUAGCAUACAAUGAAUUCAGCUACGAGCUCCGUCUCCAGCAGAGCCUCGUCGUCUGACGCGAACGGAACGCAUCUUCGAAACCAUGAACAGCUCAACUCCGUGUCCUCCACUCAGAGAGAACUCCUGCACAAGAUGACGAGGGAGGAACUCUCCAUGCUCGGGCAGAGAACGCCGGAAGGGAGCAAAUGUGAACUCACAAAGCAAUUCUGUGAGCAGGACGUGCAACAACUUAGGAUAAAAAUAAAUUGCCGGGAGCGUAAGAGGAUGCACGACUUGAACUUGGCAAUGGAUAGCCUCCGAGAAGUGAUGCCUUAUGCGCACGGUCCUUCUGUGAGAAAGCUGUCAAAAAUUGCGACAUUGCUACUUGCCAGAAAUUACAUUCUCAUGUUGUCCAGUUCUUUGCAUGAAAUGAAGCGACUCUUUGGAGAGGUUUAUGGCGGGCAUCACUCUGUUUUCCACUGUGGGUCAGUCGUUCACUCUGGUAGCCAUACGCGUCAGGUGUACCCGGUACUUGGUAGUGCAUUGUCUUCCAGCACGUCCUCUACGAUCUCUCCGACUUUACCCGGACUCACCUCCAGCAGUACACAUCAGUCUCUACUGAAAAAUACCCCAACACAUUCGCUCCAGCUCGGGAGCGGUUUUCACCCCUGGGUAGGGUUACCUUGCCCCUGUACUAUGUGCCAAGUGCCUCCAACUCCUCACCUUUCCCUAACCACGACAGGUUUGACAAGACCUACCACUGAAAACAAGGACAUACUGAUCUAAGACUAAACAAUUGUUACGUAUUCCUCCAGGACAUUUUAAUCUGAUAAACCCAGUUUUGUCCAUUUUCAUCAUGGAUCUAACUUGAAAGACUCGUUUUCCAGGUAAUUAUUUUUCUGUAUAUUUGUAUAAACAGGUUAUGAACAUGCAUAUGCUUUUUUAAAGUAGGCUAUGCGCUAAUCAAUAUUUGUCAGCUGAACAAAAGGGGAAUAUAGCCUAUUUAGUUCCUUGUAACAAGGAUCGUGGAAUCUACUGUACAUCUGAAAUGAGAUGAUUUAUAUAUUUUUCUGUAUAAAUAUAACUGAUUUAUAUUUUUCCACUUUGUGUUUAGUACUUAAAUUGGUUUUGUUUUCCUUCAGCGAUCUCUGUCUUAUUGUUUAACGU